CAACAUUCUGUAAACUCUAAUUCACCAUAUCACUGCCUUGCGCUUAUGGCGCUGAACGUUUUCCUCGAUAGCUUGAAUGCAAAUAUUUUUUUGAAGCACGUACUGAAUUAUCAGGAACUACUCCUCAAUCUUCAAGAAACGUGUAUCAUCGAGAUAGAAAGCGAUGGCGAACUUAAAAUAAUAUAUGCAAUUGAUGAGGCAGGUUUCCAUCGCCACAAAGUACUUUUGAAAUCCUAUUGCAUUAUAACUAAAUUCAUUGGUGAUACAGAAGUGCUAGAGCAGACAGAAUUGUUUUCUAAAUUACCGCCUCCUGUGAAAUUUGAUGUGGAAAAACUUUGCCCCACCAUACCCUUACAUUCAGAAUUAGGAAGAUUUCUCCAAGAAAAUAAGCCUGGACUCAGAGAUAAUGGAUGGGUGUCACAAGCGAGGAAGGCUCAUAAGAUUUCUAGUAAAGAACCAAUACAACAUUCCGUCGUGAUUAAUCUACUUGAUCAAAUGCAAAAGGCAGUUCCUGAAUUAGAAUUGACAAACCAUUUCGAGUGGCCAGUGCAUAAUGAUCACGACACACUGAUGCCCCAAGAAGUUUACGGCAUUGAAUUAACUUUGCUGUACGCAGAACAAAAUCGGCUUAUGAAAGUUACGUCACUUGCGAAAACAAACUUGAAAAUUUUCUUGAAAGAGGUUCACGGAUUCAUUAAGUAUUACGGGUGGAAAAAAAAUUUUGAAGGAUUUGACUGGUUCAUUGCAAGUGUUUUUAUUAUUUGUGAUGGAGAUAUGGACAGGUGUAAAACUUUCAUCACGCAAAUAGUUCAAUUCCCAUCGAUUAUUUACAUUUGGCCUAUGCUAGGAAAAGCUGUGAGUCGUGAACAGAAUUUACCUGUAAACUUUCAAACCACAUUCUCACAUCUCCUGGAAAAUAUCGUGGCAAAUGAAUUGCCUAGCAUCAAAUACGCUUUAAAGAACAACUGCGGUACAGACUGGUGGAUUAUUUGUGAUGAAAUCAUAUCUCAAUGUUUCUGGAGGAUACUACCAUGGUGCGAAAUCAUACAUUUGCUAACCAUUUGUAUUUUGUAUCCAGCUGACUAUCCAUUGUAUUACUGUACAUCGUUGUUACACUACAGUCAAAACCAACUUUUAGAAGAUGUAACUGCUGGAAAAAUGUGGCCAGAACAUAUGGAUUUAACUGACUAUCGAUCUGGAAAUCAUUUACAAUUGAUGGAUCUUUUAUCGAAACGGUAUCGCAAUAUGACUUUGCCCCUGCUUACAUACCAAGAGGCAGCGUUAGUUACAUGAUUUCCUAUCUAAUUACCAAGACCGAACUUCUUCCAGAAGUAAUAACAAGUACUGCAAUAAGCACAAUACUUUAAUAUGACAAUCAUUUAAUUAAGCACAGUGUACGCAGGAAAUUACAAUAAAAUGUAUGUUGAUUACUGUUA